AUGGCAUCGAAAAAGCAGUCUCAGAUGCAGGAAAUAGAUUUAACUAAGCUAAAUUUGCAACAGUUAACCCAACUGAAACGGCAACUCGAUCAAGAGCUGACUCUAUUUCAAGAGUCGUUGCAGACACCGAAGUUGGCAGAGAAUAAGUUUCAAGACUCGUUGGAAAGUUUGGAGCCUGUGAACAGCAGCUUGAAAGACAAACCAAUUUUAGUUCCGUUGACAUCAUCUGUAUAUGUUUCUGGCACUGUAAUGGACCACGAGAAAGUUGUGAUUGAUAUUGGAACGGGGUACUGCAUAAAGAAGGAUCUUGAUGGAGCAAAAGAUUAUGUCAAAAGAAAAGUGGAUUUUGUCACACAACAGCUAGAAAAGCUGCAGGGUGUAGUGAUUGAGAAAGCUAAAGUGCGAGAAGCUGUGAUGGAUGUGAUGGAGGCACAGCUGCAGGCGCGGCUUGGCGCGCAGCUGGCAGCUGCACAGCAGGCGGCAGUCAAGACGUAA